AUGGAUCUCCUCCGUUCUUCUGAGUUCUCCGCUUAUGUGAAGAAGAUCAUUGACCACCGCCAAAUACCAGGCAUUGCAGUUGCCGUUAUACAGGGCAACGGCAUCACAUCCACCGGCUUUGGAAAGGCGCGGGUAAAUCCGCUGAUUGACUUUACCCCGGAUACGCCCUUUAGCGUUGGCUCUGCGUCGAAGUCUCUCACGGCGGCAGCAGUUGCACUCUUGGUUAGCGACAAUGAAAACUAUCCCCAAGUGCAGUAUGGGGCCACCAUGGCGAGUCUUCUGCCUGAUGAUUUUGUCAUGCCCGGCAAGGAUCAUGGAGAUGUCACCGUGGAGGACAUACUUAGUCAUCGGACUGGUAUGGCAGCACAUGAAUAUUCCCUCCUCGGCUCCAAGGCAGGACAUCCGGAUGAUGCGCGUUCAAUCACAAGGAACCUUCGAAAUUUGUCAACUGUGGCGCCAAAUCGACACGAGUAUAUCUACUGCAACAUGAUGUAUUCUGUGGCCACCUACCUUGUCGAACAUAUAAGUGGGAUGAGCUUCUCGGAUUUCCUUGACAAGCAUCUGUUUCAGUUACUCAAGAUGGACUCGACCACCCUCCAGCCAAGUCGGGCUCAGGCUAAGGGGCUAGGUGCUCGCAUGGCUGCUGGGUACUUGCGGGCUAAUGCCCACCGGGAGCUCCAGGAGGUCCCUUAUUCAGAUCGUCCUGAGUCUCAGGGCGCCGGUCAAAUCAUCACGACUGCUAAUGACUAUGCGAAAUGGGUGAAAGCCAUGAUCAAUCGGGAGGGACCCAUAACGGAAGAGAUUUAUCAGUCGCUCACAAAGGCACGAAUAGAGCAGGAUCCAUCCGAAGUUGGGGAUCUAGAGCACUCCCUUUACUAUUGCCUUGGCUGGCAAGCUCAGAAGUACUGCGGUUAUACCAUAGUCUCCCAUGAUGGAGGAGAUUAUGGUUCCCAAUGCGAUCACUUCUUCAUUCCAGAACUCAAGUUUGGAGGAGUUGUUUUCUGUAACGCUGAUUACACGAAUACAACCGUAAGCCAGAUCAAGUAUCAUUUGGUCGACCAGAUGAUAAGUGGGCGACAGAACGGGAAGAUUCUUCAAGCAAAUGCUGAUUCGAGCUCACUCGGCUCAGAGGCUGAUUCGGAAUCAGGGUCUGAGGAUGGCCAGGAUGAGUUGGAGUUAGAGCAAGAGCUCCGACAGGAACUUUGCCCCGGCAUCAAGACCCGGCAGCCGCAGGUGUUGCCACUUAGCAGCUAUGCGGGACAAUACUGGAACCCAGGCUAUAAGGGGAUCAAGGUUGAAAGUAAACAGGGCGUCUUGUUUGCCGACUGUACAGAUCGCUCCCUAUCGUUCACCCUCACUUUUAGACACGUUUGCAACCAGACAAAGUACCUUGCUUUUAUGAGCGAAAACUUUGAAACCAACGACUUCCCCCUCAAAGCGGAGUUCGUCCUCGAAAACAACAAUUCUAUAUUGCUAGGCCUACUGUUGGACCAUAGGGUUGGAGAGUACAUCUGGUUUGAGAGGGUAAAUGCCCUAGUCAAAGAUUAG